UUGCAGCAGAAAGAAGCCGAGCAGAAGUUUUGGAGUUAGUUGAGCCGCGAAAUCACCCCAUCCCUCUCCGUUCUCGUCGGCAGCGCGUCUCGUAUACAUUACCGGGUCGAAUUCUUCUCUAAGCCUUCUAAUUUCUGCAUCAACCCAAAUCUCCUUCACGUUUCUGCAAAAAUUUCACAUCCAUUUGAGCGAUUUUUUAGCUCCAAUGGAAAGAUAUCGACAUUCUUUAUUCGCACGAGCUGCAUUGUGUUAUUCUUGAAGAUGCUUUGUGUUAUUCUUUACUCUCAAAAGACGGAUCAAUUUUUAUUCUGCCAACAUUUCGCGAAUUGGAAAUUUUGAGCUCCGUUAAUUCCAUUUUUUCUUAUAAGCCUUCUUUUCAGGAACAUUUUGACACAUCUCAACAGAUUCUUCUGCGUGAAGCCCAAGUUUUCAUCUGUAGGGUAGAAAUCGGGUGCUGAUUCCUGGCAUCCUCAUGGUCUUUUCCUCUUAUCUAUAAUUACAUACGUUCGUCCUUUCCUCUCAUCACCUUCGUGCAAGAGGGAAGGCAUUUCAUCGCAGAUAAAAGGAUGACUCGGGCUGAGAAAAUUAGGGAUAAGCUCCGGCGAGAGAAGCUCCGAUGGAGCAAGAUAUAUACUUUCAAUUGUGCCCGAGCGAACCCUGAGCUUAUCGAUUUCGCCAAUCCAUUCAAUGGUCUUCAAGGCCCCGGCUUCUCCCGCAAGGUGCAAUGUAACCAACCGAGCCUCCACCGUCGGAAACCUCUCCAUUAUCCAUCCAAUUACAUUUCCACGACCAAGUACAACAUCAUAACCUUCCUGCCUAAAGCCAUAUUUGAACAGUUCCGGCGUGUCGCCAAUCUCUACUUUCUCCUGGCUGCCGUCCUCUCCCUCACCCCCAUUGCACCGUUCUCGGCUGUGAGCAUGAUUGCUCCCUUGGCGUUUGUAGUUGGGCUGAGCAUGGCUAAGGAGGCCGUCGAGGAUUGGAGGAGAUUUAUGCAGGACAUGAAGGUGAAUAAAAGGAAGGUUAGUAUUCAUAAAGGGGAUGGGAACUUUUAUUACAAGAAGUGGCAUAAAAUCUUUGUUGGUGAUGUAGUGAAGGUUGAGAAAGAUCACUUUUUUCCUGCUGAUUUGCUUCUGCUCUCCUCGAGUUAUGAGGACGGGAUAUGCUAUGUGGAGACUAUGAAUUUGGAUGGGGAGACAAAUUUGAAGGUGAAGAGGGCAUUGGAUGUGACAUUACAUUUUGAUGAGGAUAAAACUUUCAAGGAUUUUUAUGCCACCAUUAGGUGUGAAGACCCCAAUCCUAGUUUAUACACCUUUGUGGGAAAUUUGGAGUAUGAGAAGCAGGUGUGUUCCUUGGAUCCAAACCAAAUUCUUCUUAGGGAUUCAAAGCUUAGGAACACAUCUUACAUCUAUGGAGUGGUUAUUUUCACGGGUCAUGAUAGUAAGGUCAUGCAAAAUUCAACAGAAUCACCAUCAAAGCGGAGCAGCAUUGAGAAGAAGAUGGAUUACAUCAUAUACAUUCUGUUCACCCUGCUUGUUUUGAUUUCAUUGAUCAGCUCAAUUGGCUACGCAGUAUACACUAAGUUUGGAAUGCGGAAUUGGUGGUACCUUCAACCAGAAAAUGCUUCUACUUUGUACAACCCAUUAAUGCCUGCAUUAUCUGGCAUAUUUCAUCUUGUGACUGCUCUCAUCAUGUAUGGAUAUCUCAUUCCAGUUUCUCUCUAUGUUUCUAUAGAGGUUGUGAAGGUCUUACAAGCUAUGUUCAUCAACCAGGAUAUUCAGAUGUAUGAUGAGGAUACUGGAAAGCCAGCUGAAGCCAGAACCUCAAAUUUAAAUGAAGAGCUUGGGCAGGUUGAUACAAUCUUAUCAGAUAAAACAGGCACAUUGACCUGCAACCAGAUGGACUUCCUGAAGUGUUCUAUUGCAGGAGUGUCUUAUGGUGUAGGUUCGAGUGAAGUUGAAAUUGCUGCUGCAAAGCAUAUCGCUUCAGAAUUCUCUGGUUCUCCAGGGCACAAUUGCUUCCCAGCAGAUUAUUGGGAUAACAAUGUGGAUGACUCUUCAGUAAUUCAAUUGGAGGAUGGUAUUACCUGCAAGGUUGUCAAGGAUCCAAAACCUAAGAUUAAAGGAUUCAGCUUUGAGGAUGACCGUCUAAUGCAAGGCAAUUGGGUGAAGGAGCCUAGUCGAGGGACCCUUCAAAUGUUCUUCCGGGUUCUUGCAGUUUGUCACACAGCAAUUCCGGAGCAUGAUGAGGAAAAUGGCACCUUCACAUACGAGGCGGAGUCACCUGAUGAAGGAGCUUUUCUUGUUGCUGCGAGAGAAUUUGGCUUUGAGUUCUUUAAAAGGACUCAGUCAAGUGUUUUCAUCCGAGAAAGCUAUCCAAAUCCAUUGGAAAGGGAAUUUAAGAUUCUGAAUCUACUGGAAUUCAAUAGCAAAAGAAAACGAAUGUCUGUCAUUGUUCGGGAUGAUUCUGGGCAGAUAAUUCUUUUCUGCAAAGGCGCAGACAGCAUCAUUUUUGAUAGACUGUCAAAGAAUGGAAAAAUGUAUGAAGCGGAUACCAUGAAGCAUCUAAAUGAAUUUGGAGAAGCAGGCCUGCGUACCUUAGCUUUGGCAUACAAAGUUUUAGAUGAAUCAGAGUACUCAACAUGGAAUGCAGAAUUUCUCAGAGCAAAGACAGCUAUUGGACUUGAUAGAGAUGCUCAGCUGGAGCAAGUUGCUGAUUUGAUGGAGCGGGAAUUAGUCCUUAUCGGGGCAACUGCUGUUGAGGAUAAGCUACAAAAAGGGGUUCCUCAGUGUAUAGACAAACUAGCACAGGCUGGUUUAAAGAUCUGGCUUCUAACAGGAGACAAAAUGGAAACAGCCGUAAACAUAGGAUUUGCAUGCAGCUUGCUUCGAUUAGGAUUGAAACAGAUCUCCAUAUCAACAAUGAAUACGGAUUUUCUGGACCAAGAUGCAAAGAAGGCUUUUCUUUCAUGCUUGGAACAGAAUAUCAAAGAUAAUAUUUUGCUGCAAAUCACCAAUGCUUCUCGAAUGGUCAAGCUAGAGAAGGAUCCUCAUGCAGCAUUUGCUCUAAUCAUUGAUGGGAAAGCUUUGAGUUAUGCUUUGGAGGAUGAUAUGAAGCACCAUUUUCUUGGUCUAGCUGUUGAUUGUGCUUCUGUCAUAUGCUGUCGGGUUUCCCCAAAGCAGAAAGCACUGGUAACACGUCUUGUGAAAGAAGGAACAGGAAAAACUACUUUAGCUAUAGGAGAUGGUGCAAAUGAUGUUGGUAUGAUACAAGAGGCUGAUAUUGGCGUUGGAAUCAGUGGAGUGGAAGGAAUGCAGGCUGUGAUGGCUAGCGACUUCUCUAUUGCUCAAUUCCGUUGUCUGGAAAGGCUUCUUGUUGUCCACGGUCAUUGGUGCUAUAAAAGGAUUGCACAGAUGGUAUGCUAUUUCUUUUACAAGAAUAUAGCAUUUGGCCUCACUUUGUUUUAUUUUGAGGCAUACACUGGCUUUUCAGGACAAUCAGUUUAUGAGGACUGGUACAUGAUAUUAUUCAAUAUCAUUCUCACAUCAUUACCGGUCAUAUCACUAGGAGUUUUUGAGCAAGAUGUGUCCUCUCAAGUAUGCCUUCAGUUCCCAGCUUUGUACCAGCAAGGACCCAAGAAUUUGUUCUUUGAUUGGUCAAGGAUCAUUGCAUGGACGGCAAAUGGUCUCUACUCAUCCAUUGUAGUAUUUUUCAUCAACAUCAGCAUCUUCUACGAUCAAGCGUUCCAGUCUGAAGGGCAAACUGCCGACAUGGCUGCCAUGGGAACCACCAUGUUCACUUGCAUUAUCUGGGCAGUAAACUUGCAGAUUGCCCUCACUAUGAGCCACUUCACCUGGAUUCAGCAUCUCUUUGUGUGGGGAAGCGUGAGCACGUGGUACCUAUUCCUGUUUGGCUAUGGAUUCAUGUCACCAGUCAUCUCUGGGAACGCCUUUCACAUAUUAAUUGAGUCCCUUGGCCCAGCUCCAAUAUACUGGAUCACAACCUUCCUUGUGGCAGCAGCUUGCAACCUUCCUUACUUUGCUCACCUCUCCUACCAAAGAUUGUUCUAUCCACUAGAUCACCAUGUGAUUCAGGAGAUUAAGUACUUCAAGAAGGAUCUUACGGAUGAGCAAAUGUGGACAAGAGAGCGAUCCAAAGCGAGGCAGGAAACCAAGAUUGGUUUCACUGCAAGAGUGGAUGCCAAAAUCAGGCAGCUCAAGGGGAAGCUCCAGAAGAAAGUAUCAUCAUUGGGAGUGAUUCCUUGAACUGCAGAGUUGAUCAAUUCUUGUGCGUUUUUAAGGAAGAAAAGUUAAUGGUGUUAUUUUUUUCAUAUCAUCUUUAUGUAUAAAACAUAGGUUAUAAUUAAUUGCUUAAAACCAAGCAAUGAGUAUUCUAGUGAUUUUCAUGUUGAGGUUAUGCUUAUGUGUCCCCAUGUGGAGCCUGAGAAGUUUUUGUUGUAUAAACAUGCUGAGCCAAGUGCCUAAUAUAUGGGAACGGAUACAUGCUUGUACAACCACAGCCGCUUCAAUUUUCGGUACUUUUAUCAUUUCUCACGCAUUAAAGUUAUGCUUAAGGCCUUCUUGUACUUUUAUGAU